UUUAGCGGGUUCGAAGAAGAAGUACAGUACCUUUUAAAUGUUUGAUGCCGGGCUGAUCCAACGUUAUGGUUCUAGGGUCCAAGUACCAGGCAGUGCUGUCUACAAUUUACAGCAACGACAUGGACACCAGCCCAGUUUUAGGUUGCACUAGAGCACAUUGAUUUCUCAUGAUGACAUCGAAACCACAGCCCCAGUUGGCAGUGGCACCCCUGCCAUGGAUAGAGAUCCUAACCUAUUGGGUGCUAUCCUUUGGAUCUCAUCUGUACUCUUUCUACCAGCUGCAUAGAUUCUCCAAAGAGCAUGAAGCAGGAUUACAGAGAGAAUUCCAUUUGGAAAAGGGCCUUCUCAAUGGUUUUAAUAGGGACACAUCUGACUUUGAGUGGAGUUUCUGGACCGGAUGGGCAAAGAGGUCUUUGCUUUGGACUCUGAUUGGUCAUGGUGUGAUAUCAAGAUUGACCAGCAUCUUUUACCCCAAGUUAAGGCUGCCAGCACUCACAUUGUAUGGCCUCUUAGCUGCCACAAAUGUGCUGGGGAUUAAAGGUGUGAGUGUGCUGCUGGUACAUCUGGGCCUCUCCUUCUCUGUGGCCCAACUACGAAAACCGGCUCUGUCCUGGGCCUGUAAUUUGCUGCUGCUCUGUACUUUUCAUAUUCAACAACUUCAAGAGAUACAGAGAGGCUGGUAUGAGACCGAGGAGGAGUACUAUCUGCUGCUCUUCAGUGUCGCUGUAUGCGGUCUACGCUUCAUCAGCUUCAGCCUGGAGCAUUGCUGGUGCCCCUUAGAACGUGGUGGAAUAGAGCAGCUCUACUGGCUGUUUUCAUAUACCUUCUAUCAUCCUUUUUUCUACAAUGGACCCAUUAUAACAUAUAAAGACUAUGUUGAGCAGAUGUGGAGGCCUGCUGAGGAGAGUGACAAGGACAAAUCUGCUUUUAGCUACUUUGUGCUAAGAUCAGGACGGAUCAUACUGUGGUGGUGCAUCGCAGAAUACAUGAUCCAUGUAAUAUAUAUGCACUCCAUCCAGUCUAAUGAGACCUACUUAGAGAUUCUUCCUCCUUGGGCCUUAGGAGGUCUGGCCCUGGCCCUGGUCCAGUUUUUCUUUGUUAAGUAUCUGGUUCUGUUCGGUCUUCCAUCCAUGCUGGCUACUUCAGAUAAUCUAGUUCCUCCAAAGCUUCCUCGAUGUGUCAGCAUCAUGUACAGUUUCACAGGAAUGUGGAGGCACUUUGAUGAGGGCCUGUAUCGAUGGCUCAUCAGAUACAUCUAUGUGCCAUUAGGAGGUUCACAUCACGGUCCUCUUUACAAGAUGUUUUCCACUGGCCUCGCGUUUGGAUUCGUCUGCCUCUGGCACGGAGGCCAUGACUACCUGCGGUACUGGGCUCUGAUGAAUUGGGCAGGAGUCCUGGUGGAGAAUGGGCUGAAAUCACUCUUCGCUUCAUCCUUUAUUCACUCCAUUGUUGAGCAGAAUUUCUCUGCGGAACUGCCUUCUACAACAAUCACUCAGUGGAAUCUGUUAUUUUUCUCUAAUCACUAUCAGUUCUUCAACCCUGGAGCAUUCUGGCUUCUGAUUGUGUCACACAAUUGUGCGGCCUCUAGCUUCAAGAGCUAA